CGGCCCGUGACAUGUCCUUGUUUUUAUGUCUUCAAAUGCCCUGUUGUAUUUUUAAACUGCUGCUCAUUACAGUUUCUGGGCUUGUUCACCACAACAAAAAGUCUGCUAUAAAUGCCAACUGAGAUAUUUUGAAGUCUCAUAAAAACCUGUCUCUUGGGAUUUUGGGGAAUAUAUAAGAGGACUCUCAAUUUCCUUUUUUCUUCAAUGUCUAGGGUGGGUUUUUUUUUUAAUUUGUGAAAAAUUUAACAUGCAGGCAGUCCUUGACUUAAGACAUUUGGAGUUACAACGAACAGCACUUACAACGGUCAUAAAUUGACACCAUGUUUCGACUUCCUGACGUCAGUUUUGACAUUACAACACUUAAUCUGAUGCGAUGCCAUGCCAGCAAACAAGUUUGCUACGUCGCCCAUCUCCCUGGAGAACAUCUGUCCAAGCUUCCUUGGACACUUUCUUUAAGAAAGCAGACAAGACUCCAGGAAAACCUGCAGCCAAGACUCAGUCCAACCAAGAGCCCUUCAAAAAGUCCAGCAAAGUCUCUUCAAAGAAGUCCUUCCAAAUCAAUAUGAUUGCUAUUUACAAUUUAAAUACAUGAAUGUAGCUAUAUAUAAUGUAGCUAUAUUACUCAUCUAUAACUGACUGAGUACAACAUUCUGGGUUAUUUUUGGUGAAAAUAGGGUUUUGGGCCUUGGUUCAGGAACCAAUCCCCCAUUUGUAAAGUUCCUAUGGGAAAAUUGGUUCUGAGUUACGACGUUUCAGCUUAAGACAGUUUUCAGGAACCAGUUGUAUCAUAAGUCCGAGGAGUGCCUGCAAAUUGAUGGAAACCAAUGAGAUUAACUCUUGUGAUCAGAAUCUGAACCAGUGUUGUGAAAUCAUAGAAAUAAACUCCAUGAUACAGGGGCAACUCUUCACCAUCCUCAAUCAAACGGCCCGAGAAGGUGGACAUUAUGCAGGCGUAGAAACAAUAAAAUCUCGUCUUUUGCCAUGGCUUGGAACUUGUUUUUCCAGUGCUGCUUCAGGAAGGCCCUUUGAAACCAAUCUCUCUCUCAUUCAGGAUUCAGUUGAAAAAGAAAGGCAGCUGAGAGAAUUUGCCAGCACAAAGAACUAUGAAUUGCAAGAGCUGGAGAAAGAACUGAACUCCACACGUUUACAGCUCAGCCAUGUCCAACAAGAUCUGGCAGAAGCCCAGUUGGCUCUUGAAGACACAAAGACCAAAUCAGCCACUACCCUUUUGGCAGCAGAGGAUGAAAUUGUUCAGCUAAAAACAGCUCUGAAGGCUUCCCAAGCAAAGGAGGAGAGUGCUCUGAGGAAUCUGGGCCGUCUGAAUGACUAUGAACAACAGAUUCAAAUAUUGAAGGAUGAAAUUGCCAUCCUGGGUGCUCAGAAAUCUGUUCUUCAAAGCAGACUUGCACGGAGUCGCUCUCCUUCCCCCACGCGCACCCAGAGCAGGUCACCUAGUCCUCUUCCCUUGAGGAGUUGCUCCCCCGGCCGAGCCCGGCUCACAAAUGCUUCACGUCAUGCCCAUCUAGUGGCCCGCUUUAAUGAGAUUUAUACGCAAGAACGCUUGGAUGCACAGACCCUUUUAAGGACAUAUGUGGAUGAUCCAGAGAUGGUGCAGAGGAUAAUAUAUGUUGCAGCUGUGGAGUCUUUCCAUGCAGCAAAGAUGGCCUUCAGACAGUUCAAACUGCGUGUGAGAAAGACUGUGUCUUUAAGUUACUCAGGCCCUGAGUCACUUGAAGACAUUGUCUUGGACUACAUAGUUCGCCAUGAGGAUCUUUAUGAUGUUCAAACCACUGUCAAUGAAGUGAUUCGUGCCAUGAAUAUCAAUCCUAAAAUUUCAUUCCCACCAGAAGUUGACUUCAUUAUAAUCAGCAGUUUGAUCCGGGAGUUGUGCCGUGUAGCUUUUUCAAUGCAGACAUUGAUUCCUCCUGUGGAUAUUGCAUUUGGUGCAGAUGGAGAACUUUUUAAUGAGCCUAAGUACCGCCGCAGCUAUGACUCUGAUUUCACAGCCCCGUUGGUGGCCUACCAUGUAUGGCCUGCUCUGUUGGAAAAUGAUACCAUAAUUGUGAAGGGAGAAGCAGUUACAAAGAGAGGUGCUUUGUGGUCUUCCAGGAGCAGAAGCCGCAGCCGUAGUAUGAGCCCUGUGCUAUCUCGUCGAGCAAGCCCCAGCCGAACAUUGUUAUCUCGAAGUCGCAGCCCUUCCCCAUUAAGGAGUGGAAGCCCAAGACUUUAAAUUAACUGGAUAUGUUUCUGUGGUUCUGUACAUCUGGAUCAGCCAACUUCAGUGGUGCCACCUUCUCUUCCAAGAGUACCUCAUAUCUCUCAAUACUGUGAAAGGCAGUUUGUCACUCCAAGUGGAGGGUUAAAUGUUGUUUCUGCUUUAGUGUGUUUUUAUAACUUAGGAGGUUUAUUUAGCACUAGACAAACUAAUUCAAUCAAUUUGAUAAAAGAAAAAAAUGCACACUUAGGAUCUGUGGAUAAGAUAUUAAACAGCUCCAAGGAACCCAUGAUGAAAUACAACAGGUAUAUAGGUUCUGACACUGUUUUUACCUCAUGUAUCCGAAUUUAUCUUAGUAGGUCACUAAACAUCAGUUAAGUCAUGAACAUGACAGCAUAUUGAGAUUAGCUGGUACUUGAAAACAGUAUCAUUAAAUGGUGCUUAUUUACAUAUCUCACAUUAAUUGGGUAGCAUCAUUUUAAGUCAUUGAUGUAUCUAAUGACAGUAGCUUGAGUUUUUUCUAAAUAAGAUACAAUAGUCACACACAACAGGUAUAAACUACCAGUAUUGAAGCAGAGUUCAUGUGUUACAUGAAGUGAUAUGCUGCUUUCUGCCUGGAAGUCACUGCACUUGUUAGAACCAAUCUGUUACCGAAGAAAAGAAUCUCACAAAUGCUUGUGAUUUGGACUUUAUUAAUAUUUAUGAAGCAUGUCAUUGAAUAUUCUGAAGUGUGAAAUACUCUUCUAAUAUCUCUUCCAAUGCCCACAGAACAAGACUAUUAGAGCAUUCAUUUGAACACUAUUAUGAAAACUUGACAAACCAGUACACUAUUAACUCAUUAUUUUGAUUUCAAAAUGUAACUUUUCUUUUUUUUUGCCAUUUUUAAGAUUUCUUAUCCAGUUGUAAAGGUUCAUGUUAACAUCAACAUUUAUGUUUCCAAAAAAACUGAUUUUUCUUUCUCUCCUGAACCUCAUCUGUAGGGCUAGCCUUAAAUGCAAGCAACACAAGUGACUGCUUGGGGCCUUGCAUUUUCCCAUGGGAACAUAGGAUUUGCCCUAAUAGAUCUGACCAUUGAUUCUCCAAGUCCAUAUCUGGCUUCAGUCCAGUACCUGAUGCUUCAGAGGAAAGUAGAAAUUUUCCAAAACACACUUCCCCAUUUAUGGAAUAUAAAUGGAUGCAGGGAGAAGUUUCUUCCUGUGACAGUCAGCUUCUGCCCCAAAACCUGAGAGAACUAUAACAAAAUCCAUAUUUGCAUAUAUUAUUAGUCAUGAAAUUUUACCCUUUUUAAAAUACUGAAUGACACUAAUUAACUCUAUGGCUGCUUCCAGAGGGCCUUGUGCAAAAUUCUUACACAUCUUUCCCUCCCCCCACACCCAUUUCAGUACAGUGUGAAGUCUUGCUUCAGGCUUUAUAAACAAUACUAGUUCAACUCAACUAUAAAGGACUUAACUGUGAUGUCACAGCUGGUACUUGUGCUGAUUCAUCUUUGCUGGUUUUACACGGGUAUAAUUUCACCUUUGGUGAAGUGGCUAUAGUAGAGUUAGCUUUGAUUAACAGCAGGAUACCUGAUAGUUCACUAAAAUCUUGUACAUGCUGGAUCAUGUUCCAAGGUACUCCAAGCAAACCUUGGAACAUAAAAGCCAAAGGGGCACAUAAGCUUGUGGUUGGCCCUUUUAGCUGCCUGUGAAAGGUACUGCAUAUGUGUCCUUGGAAAAGAAACAUUAAAGCAAUCUGCUCCCUCUUCUAAACUGAACAGGGCCUGUGGCUAUCCUAAGUACUUCCACAUUAAUGUUUCUGUUUAAAUGGCUUGAUUUUUGAGAGUUGCUGAUCACCUGAAACUCCCAUUGGAAUCAGUUAUAGCCAGGCUCCUUAUUCAGAUGUCUAAACCUUUUGGAUAGUACAGGAUAUAAGUUUAAACAACAAUAAUAAAUAUGGAGUUAGGUGCAUACAUUUAGACCAAGAUUUUCAAAACUGGGCACCUAAUUGGUUAAGAUCACAAAAUCUAUAAUGACGGAGGGUCAAAGAGAAGUGCUUUUGGUUUAUUACUCUUUUUACAUUAUUAUUUGACUUAACUGUGACAUGUUGAUUGUCAAGACACAGUAGAUUUCAGAUACCUGACACAUCAGAGACUGUACAGAAGCAGAUUUUGAUUCCAGUUAUAAGGAAACUAAAUAUCACACUGUGGAGGUACAAAAACACUUAAUAGAAUGAAUCCUAGGAUGGGAUCACAUGACUAAGCUAUGUAACCCAUCUAGAGAAAGACCUACUGCAAAAGAGCUAAGAGUACAAUCAGAAACAAAGGUUUAAACCACUUCAAGACAAUCUCAUGGAGCUGUGCAGUGUUCAGCAGAUGAGAUAACUGAGAGCUCCCAUCACAAGUCUCAAAGUAAUAGUAUGGUCUAGAAGAAGAAAAAGUACAAGCUAGCUGGGUUCUGCAGUGAGAAAGUAGCUUUGGUCAUAUCUUGGAAAAUGUUUUGCAGCAGGCCAUUGUCUACAAAUAGAAAUACUAGAAUCAUAGAAAUUAAGGGCUAGAAGGGCCCUUGAAAGAUCAUAGAGUUCAACCACCCCUGUUUUGGGCAGGAAUACUGCUGAGAUCAAAUGAUCCCAGCAAGGUGUCUGUCCAGUCUCCUCUUGAGGACUUCCAAGAUUGGGGAUUGUGCCACCUCCUUAGAAAGUGUAUUCCAGAUUCUGGUCACCCUUACCAUAAAGUUCUUCCUUGCAUCUAACCUGAAACCAUCCUCUAAUAUUUUAUAGCCAUUACUCUUUGUCCUCUCCUGGGGUGCCAAAUUGUCACUGGCAAUCUUUAAAUAAGAUAAUAGGGUUCCUAAACAGAUUGUCCUUUAGAACCAAUGGCCUUUAGCAAGGGGCACAAUGAUACUAAGAGUAAUGAUGUUUUGUUUUGGCCUUCUGUAUGGGCCAUUUAUAGUACUUGAAAUUAGGAAGUGGUAGGAUAGAGGAUUUGUAGUGAGAGGUUGGAUAUUAAUAAGCUAAGUACUGCCCUUUAUCCUUGGGCAUGUCUCCUUCUGAUACCAGCUGAGUUUACAUGUGCUAAUCAGGGUCAGUGUGUAUUACUCCAGGUGAUUAACUUGGAUGUGCCUUAUAAGAAGGGAGUUUGUAACUUUUUCACAAGUGCUGUUUCAUCAGAUGGAAGAACCACCAAAUGAGUUCUGUAGUAUUUUAAAACCUUCAGUUAAACUAAACAAAUUCUUUAUCACAGACUUGUGUAAAUGCCACACUUGUAAUUGUAACAAUGUAAUAACUGGUAACAGCAGUGCAGAGCUUAUAAGUGACAUGAGUUUUAUAUAAUCACUAAGGUUUCUGCUACAAGAUUGUUCCAACACAGUAUUAUUCAUGAUCUAAGUCAGGGGUGGUCAAUCCCUGCCCUCCAAGCUAGGUCUGGCUUGUGGGGCUCCCUAAGAGUCUGAAAAUGUGGUGGCAGGGGAGCAACAGCAGCGUCGAUUGCCACUCACUUGCUGCCAAAUUCCCUAACCCCAGUGGGAGCCCCACUGGCCAGAUAACAUGGCUCUGAGUGCCAGAUUGUGCCAGUGUGUGGCUGGAUUUGGGUGUGCUGGAUUGGGCUAGGACACAGCAGUUUUGGGCUUGCAUGCCAACCUCAUGUGGGAUCCAACCAGCAGACAGACCCUAUGCUAUCUGUCAAGCUGUGGCUCCAGAAGGUUGGGCACCGCUGAUCUAAGUGAUAAUCCUAUAAUAGUGGGCCAUACUUGCAGCUGAUUCAGCCCUUUCAUAAUCUCACUGAGCUCAAUGGGGGAUGUUACAGGGUGCAAGUCAGCAUCUCACUUGGACCAAUGUGUUUGUGUGUGACAGUAUGUUUUAUUAAACCAUUGUAAUAGCUGAAGAAUUUCUCCUACAUAUCAUCACUUUCAAGGCUGAUUUUUUUUUUUUGAGUGUCUGAAGAAAAAAAACACCAAAUAGUCUAAUAUAACUUUUAUAGCUUUAUUAUGACCUAUUUCUUAGAAGAUAACAUCAAAAUGUGGAUCCUGCUACUUUCCUGCCUUACCCUGUACAACUGAUCUUUACAUAUUCCAGAAUACCACUGUAGGAGAUAUCAAGACUCUAAUAUUACUACCAAGUAGGGAAAGCCCAAGUUUUAAAUUUACCUUGUUUUGGUUUUUUUCCUCUUCUGUGUGGAUGGGUGGGAACACUGUAUGAGAGAUGCAUCAUUCUAGGAGGCCUGACAGUAAAUUAUGGACCUUAGUCAUGGCUUUACAAUAUAGGAGGAUGUGUAAAGGAUGAAAAAAACUAUUAAAAUAUCCCAGGGAUAAACACCCUUCCAUCCUUCUGGACCAGGUGGUGCAUUUCAAUUCUCCAUUUCCAUUUUUGGACUCUUUUAAAUCUCUUUUAAAUGUACUGCAAAUAUAUAUCAUUUUUAUAUAAAAGUGCCAUGAAGAAUACAUACUAUUCUUUAGCCUUAGAUAACCUUGCUAUGUUAUAAAUCAUCCAUUUUGAUUGCUGUUAACUACAGAAUUUUUUUCUUAAUUUGGUUUGUAAUAUUCUGACCUUGCAUUAAAGAAACUUGAAAAAAGAA